AUAACAAUACUAUAUAUAUAAAAAAGAAAAGAAUAAGGGAAAGAAAGAAAAUGAUUAUAAUAAUAAUUUCAUUUCUCUAAUAAAUGACUCUCAACUGAACAACAAUUUUAAUUGUCAGACAAACUGGUGGAAUUAGAAUUCGACCUAUAAAUAUAAAUAUAUAUAUUUGCUAUCCCUUCCUACUACUACUUCUACUACUACACAAAAAUCUUACAAAUUUAUUUGUUUAAUUAAAGAGAAUGAUGAGGAGAAAUGAAAGAAACACGUCGACGGCGUCGUUUUGGGUCAUUAUUAUUACUAUAUUUUUGUGGUGUGUAUUAUUGACGGAAGGUAGGGUUAAGUUACCGGAGAACAUGACAGUUUCAGCAGUGAUUAUGUUCGGAGAUUCGAUUGUUGAUACAGGUAAUAACAACAACAAUAUCUUAUCUCCGGCAAGGUCUAAUUUUCCUCCCUAUGGUCGUGAUUUCAGAGGAGGAAUACCCACCGGAAGAUACUCCAAUGGCAAGGUUCCUUCCGACCUUUUAGUGGAUGAAUUGGGAAUCAAAGAACUAUUACCACCGUAUGCUGAUCCAAAUUUAACACCAAAAGAUCUGCUAACUGGUGUGUGCUUUGCUGUUGGUGGAGUAGGAUAUGAUCCAUUGACUUCUAAACUUGCGAAUGUCCCACCUCUAAGCGACCAAUUGGAGAAGUUCAAAGAGUACAUAGAGAAGUUGAAAAGAAUAGCUGGAGAAGAACAAACAAAGGUGAUCCUGGCUAACAGUGUGGCUUUUGUGGCACUAAGCAGUAACGAUAUUGCCAAUACAUAUUUUACUGCGGGUGUUAGAAGAUUGCAAUACGAUACUUCUGCUUACACUGAUCUUAUGAUCAGUUAUGCUUCUGACUUCGUCAAGGAAUUGUAUGGAUUGGGAACAAGAAGAAUUGGGAUUCUUGGAGCACCUCCAAUUGGAUGUGUACCAUCUCAACGAACCCUAGGAGGAGGCAUAGAAAGAAAUUGUUAUGAAGAAGAGAACAAAGUAGCCAUAAUGUUCAAUUCUAAAGUCUCUGCUAUGUUGGAUUCACUUACCAAAAAUUAUGUUAGCCCUGAUACAAGACUUGUCUACGUUGAUAUUUACUAUCCACUCCUAGAUAUCAUUCAGAACCCAACUCGAUAUGGAUUUACAAUUUCGAGAAAAGGGUGUUGUGGCACUGGGCUUAUUGAGGCAGCAUUGACAUGCAACAAAUUCGACACUACAUGUGUGGAUGAAACUAAUUAUGUAUUUUGGGAUGCUUACCAUCCCACUGAAAAGGCAUACAAAAUUAUUGUCAGUGGUGUUAUACAAAAAUAUAUCAACAAAUUUGUCUAAAACUACAUUAAUAUUAGUCUUUUAACAAAAAGAUUAAUAAUAUAUUUAUGUAUUUCUCCUUUGUUGGUGUUGUUAUAUAUAAUUGGGGACAAAAUUAUGCACCUAAUUUGUUUCUCAUGUAAUUAGCUUCACAAAAAUGUACUUCUAUCUAUUUUUAAUGUCAAUGCAACUUCAUUCCAUGUUUUAUAUAUA